AUGUUGGCCUUCGCCGCCGUUAUCUUCUCCCCCGCUCCCGGCACGCUGUCCGGUAGAACAAUCCGCUCCCGCCCAACUCUCGCUGGAUGCGUAAAGAAAACCACCCCGAAACCACCCCGGUCCGUCUUGUCCUCACCGCGACCCGCGCGCUCCAGCCGCCGGCCAUGGGUGCCAUGGUGCCUCCGCGCGCUCGCCGCUGCUCUAGCGCUCGCGCUCUGUCCUCCAGAUAUCAUCCCUGCCCAUGCCUCCUCCAUCGGCGAGCGUCUGAAGCCGAGUACCCGGCAUCCUUGCGAAGACGUCCAGAGCUACUACGGGGGGCUGGAGGGCUUGUCCGGUGACGGGCUGAUGCCGAAGCUCGGCGCCGUCGUCUCGCCUCACGCCUCACUGCGCUACAAAAUGUUGGUGUGGGAGGCGCUCAAGAUUCUCGAUGCAGCUGAUGCAGACCACCCAGAAGCGUCCUCUGAAGUGAUCGAGAUAUACUCGCAGAGAGCUGUGCCGAAGCUCUUGGCAGGCAAGCCGGAUGGAUGGAACAGAGAACACCUCUGGCCGCGAUCAUACGGGCUAAAACGCCGUCCUUCUCUAACCGAUCUGCACAACAUUCGUCCUGCGGAUGCCAAUGUGAAUUCGUCCAAGGGAAACAAGUAUUAUGGAGGAUGUGCUGCGACGUCAAAAAAAUGUUCGAGGCCGGCAAAUCGUGAAGCUGCACCUGACACUGAAACAGACAGUGAAAGAUGGGCACCCCUUUUUCAGGUGCGUGGAGAUGUAGCUAGGUCCCUGAUGUACAUGGCUGUAAGCUAUGGGUCUGGACAGCAAGAUGCAGCUCCACAUUUGGAACUUUCUGAUUCGUCUAGUAUUCGUUCCAGGUAUAGCCCAAAUAAUCAAAUAUUCUGUUCUGGGGUCACCUCGCGGAGAUCCUUCUCUGGCCAUCUUCCGGUCCGCACCGGCACCGCCCUAGAAAGUAAGAGGUGCCAGGAGAGGCUCGCGACGAGGUUGGCGAGCACCUACAAGGCGACUUGCCGCGCCAGGUUCGACAUCGGAUCCACGAACAUCGGUGUGACCCGCAGCGCGAUCAUGCCACCCAACACCAUCUCGACGCCCGAUCAGUGGCAGGGAUAA